AAAGUCACGUUCGCUUAUGAUUUGUCUGUAAAUUAACGAAAUGUGGUUAGAGGAAGUAGAGGAAAUAUUUAAGGGUUACUUGCCCUAUUAUGUUUUGGUGUUUUUGCCCAUAUUUAUUAUAGUUUCGCCGGUAAAUCCAGUUUCGGCUUCUCAUGAAUUUCCGGUUUAUAGAAUGCAACAUUAUGAUCUUCAUGGAAUUCCUCACGGUUGUCGAAGUGCCAGCAUCAACUUGGAAGCCAGAUCAUUGACUGGCUGGAGUACCUCGAGGCACUGCGUUGUUACCAAAUUACAACAUCUAACAGUAGAUCAUUUCAAGAACAUAUGUAAUAAGGCUGGCGCCCUUAUUAUUGUUUUACCCCAAGAUAUUGAUAAAUUGAAAGAGGAAGACCGUCAACAAAUAUUACAUCUUGAAAAUGCUAUGUUGGCUGAAGAAGUAAGCAUUCCAGUUUAUUUUUCAAAAUGGACUCCACAAUUGGACAGCAUAACUUAUGAACUCUCCAGCAACAUAGAUACCAAUGACUUGAGUAAAUCAGCGGCUGAAGCAAUUGUAAAUUCUGUAGCUGCUAAUGGCUAUCAAGUUGUUGUGUCUACAAGUAGCCCAGUGCUCCGGAAUGAUGUGAAAAUUGCAACAAUUCAUGGUCACCUUCAAGGUUAUAAUAGUGAAGGCAAAAUUCAAACUAUUGCCAUUGUAGCACAUUAUGACAGUUUUGGUAUUGCUCCUGAGCUUUCAUUUGGUGCUGAUUCGAAUGGCUCAGGUGUUAUUGUUUUGUUGGAACUUAUUAGAUUGUUUUCACAUUUGUACAGUGAUCAAAAAACUAGAGGAAAGUACAACAUUUUAUUCAUCCUCUCAGGAGGAGGCAAAGUGAAUUAUGCUGGCAGUAAAAAAUGGCUGGAGGACCAGAUUGAAUCUAGUGAUGGUUCAAUUAUACAGGAUGCCUCAUUUGUAAUGUGCCUUGAUUCUUUGACUUCUGGUGACUCUUUGUACAUGCAUGUUUCCAAGCCACCUAAAGAAGGUUCACCAUCAUCCCAAUUUUAUAAGGACUUGAAGGCGUCAGCUGAAAGGAGGGAUUCUGUCUCAGUUGAGGGUGUCCACAAGAAAAUAAAUCUGGCUGACUCCUUGUUGGCUUGGGAACAUGAGAGAUACAGCAUUAAAAGAUUACCAGCAUUCACCUUAUCAGCUCUUAAGAGUCAUAGAGAUUUGCAAAGGGGAACUAUUUUAGAUACCAGGCAGAGAUUAGAUGUUGAUAAAUUGGAAAGAAAUACCAAAAUAAUAGUUGAAGCAGUGGCUAACUUCAUUUACAAUAUUUCUAAUGGGGAUAUAUUUGGGCAGUCUUUGGAUGUUAAUAGGGAGCAUAUCCAAACGUGGGUCGAUUAUUUGUCGACACAACCUCGCUCCCCGCAAUUAUUAAGUAACAAAGAUAACGCUCUAGUCAACUACUUAAAAGAUAACUUCAUCAAAUAUUUGCGCGAUGUCAAAGUUACACACGGUGUACCUGAUAAGAGAGAUCCGUCGUUCCAAUUCUUUGAAGUGACAAAGGGAACAAUGAAUGUAUAUAGUGUAAAACCAGCAGUAUUUGAUCUUAUUUUAACACUCGCAAUAGUUCUGUACCUGGGAGUUGCCUACCUAUCCAUUUUUUACUUUCCUCAUUUGUAUUCAUUGGCUUGUGCUUUGACUUUGAACAAAAAACAACAGUAGUGCAAAGCAAAGAUGAAUUAAGUUGCCAAAAAUAUUUAUUUGUUUUUUUUAACUGUAAUAAAGAACUGUUUUUGUAGUAUUUAAAUAGGAAAUAAUGAAUAAGUUCAUUGUUGAUUUAUUUAUAUGUAUAUCAGUACAUAAAUAAAAAAUAUUUCAA